AUGCCCGCGGAUACGCGAACAUACCUGGGCGAGGUCACGCUCCAGUCGUUCACGAAGACGCAGACUACCGUCUUAGAUGUUCUUCUAGCCACAGAGAUGCAAGGAACCGCUCAGUUACAAGGGAAUAUGCAAAGAAGACUGAUUAACUUCACGACCGGAAUUUCGCCACUCUACAAGAAUAUCAUCAUUGACGUGAAGAGGGGAGUCCGACAGGGUGAUACAAUCUCACCUAAAAUAUUCACAGCCACCCUCGAGAACGCAAUGCGGAAGUUGGAAUGGGAUGACAUGGGAGUGAAGGUUGAUGGUCGGCAGCUACACCAUUUGCGCUUUGCUGAUGACACCGUACUGAUAAUACCUAGCAUGGCUCCGCGCUCACCUCUUCAACACCACCGCACUUCCUGCUUUGACUUAUGCAUCGGAAACCUGGGCAUUUCGCAAGCAGGAAGAAAACGCGAGACGAAGAUUAGAGACGCCGCCGCAUUUGCCAAGGAAAGUAAAAUAAGGUGGGCCGGACACGUGAUGUACUUUAACGACAACCGUUGGACCACAGCCGUGAGCGACUGGGUUCCCCGCGAUAUUAAGGGCACUACAGGAAGACCGCCGACCCGAUGGUCAGAUUUCUUCACGAAGUCCUUCAAAGAAAAGUAUGAUGCUCUUCGUAUCCCACGCGAAAGGAGGAACCACUGGGCUACUCUGGCACGCGAUCGGGACAAAUGGAAGAAUUACUGGCGCCCGCUCGACCAGUUCGAAGAUCAAAGGGAGUCAAGGUGA